AAAAAACAAUUUUAUUUAUAAAUAUUUACAAUUUACCUCAAAUAUUUACAAAAUAAGAUAUUCAGUUAUUUAAAAAAAACUGAAAUAUAAUUUUUAAAAUCAGAGUGUAGCAUUUUUUUGUUAGAACUAUUUUACUCUGAUAUACAUAUUUACAUUUACAUUAAUUACAUUGAUGUAAAUCAAAUUAAAAAUUUAUGAAGUAUUAUUAUUUUUAGAAUACUUUAUCUUGGCCCUAAACUGCUUAGGUUUCAAACCAUAAGCAAGUAAUCUGUUAUCUGAAAGGUCUGUUAUGUCUCUAGUCUUUUUUUGUUUGAAACCACCUUUGAAAUUCUUACCAUUUCUUGAAUUGCCUGGUCUACCAUUUCCAUCCUUGUUAGCAACACCAGCCUUAAUAUUCUCUUGUGAAAAGGGUUUAUUGACAUCUCGCUGUCCUGAUUUCUUCUUUUUCUUUUUCGGAAAACUUGGCCCAUGCUCCUGAGAAGUAGCAUUCUCCAUCUUAUUAACACUUGAAUCCUUCCUAUCUUCUGGAACUAUCAAGCUAUCAUUUCCUUCCUUUCCAUCUAAUAUACCAUUGUCAAGCGCUAAGGAUGGUUUAUCAGUCUUUUGUUUUUUAAUUUUUUUCUUGCCUGAAUUUCUCAAAAGCGAAUCUCGGCCUUCUAAAAAUUCAUCAUAAUUUUUUUCUGCUGUCUGAGAACUGUCAGCUGGGAAGUCAUCAUUGCUAUUAAAAUUAUUUUCAUUAUUAAUUACUGAUGGAAUUUCAUCUUCAUUUUUAUGGCUUCGUUUUCGUUUUUUUUCUGCCAUAUUUGAAAUACUAUUUGACUCAAAGAGAUUACUCUCACCGUUUUUCUUAGGUUUUAUGUUAUCCUCCUCUGGAUCAUGAGAUUCAAUGUUUUCCUGGCUGCCUAAAGCUUGUUUUAACUUCUUUUUCUUUUUUUUACUGUUUGUGCUAGUAUUCAUAUCAGAAGUAUAACUCUCCUGUAGUGAAUCAUCUUUGUCUUCAGAAUACAAACUGGAAAACAGUUUUCUUUUCAAAUUUUCAUCUUUAGCUUUCUUUGAAUAUAUCUUUACCUCAUUCUUUUCAACAUGUUCUGGACGAUAUUUAAUGAUCUUUUUAACAGAAGCCCACUUGUUCAACUCACUAUCAUCAGCCAUUAAUAUUUCUUCAACAGAUAAUCCAUAAUCAUUUGGAACAACCUCUCUGUAUUUAAAUCUACAAGGUAGAUCAUCAAUGAAGUCCUCACAGUCAAGAUUAUAAUAUUCAUCGAAGUACUUUUUAAAAUCAUUAUGGACAGUUGGAUCAAAUGAAGGUUUAGCGAUAUCCAUAAUAUCAUUAAACGCCUUUUUCUUUUUAAGUUUCUUCUUCUUUGUCCUAGUAAGUUUCUUAUUUUCUUCCUCAAAAUUAUCUCCUUCGCAGUCCAUAUUUAUAUCUCCAUAAUCCCAAUUAUAGUCGUCUUCAUUGAAUCCAGGAUGUUCCUCUUCCCCCUGAUUAUAAUAAUCUUCAUUAAAUAGUUCCUUCAUCUUUUGGUCAUGUUUUUCAGCAUCAAAAUCUUCUAAUAUUUCUUCAUCAUCAUAAUUAAAUUUUAGAUUGUCAGUUGCCUCUUUUAAUUGAUUGAUUUUUUCUUCAAUCUCGACCAGUUUUUCUUUUUGCUUUUUCUUGAUUUCUUGGGUUUUCUUAGCCUUCUCCUCUUUUUUUCUUUGAGCAAUUUCCACUCUUUUCUUUUUCCUUGAAUCAUCUUUACGCCUUAGUGAUCCUUCAACUUGUCUAGGAAACCUCUUAAUCUGAAGAUUUUCUUCUGUUUCAAAUCUCCUAUUGUAUCGGUCUUCAAAUUCAGCUUGCUCUUCUAAUUCUCUUUCAUCUUCAGAUAAAUUUUCAUUGAUAGGGAUAGUAGAUGAUUCUUCACUUAAAUAUCUCCUAUUCAAUAUGAAAUCUUUUAAAAACUGCUCAUUUUCAUCUAAAUUUUUAUUGUUCCAAAAAUCAUGGAGGGGCUUCAGUUUUUUCUCCUCCUCCUUAUCACCUAAUUCUGACUUUACACCUUUAAGAAACUGAAUAUAAUCAGCUUCUUCCUCUUCUUUAGUCUUUUCAUUUUUUACUUUAACCUUCAUCAAUGCUUCCCGACUUUCAUCAUCAGAACCUGAAUCACUAUUCAAUUGAUUUUUAAAAAAAUUCUUAGUAGCUUCUUGUUCUUCAACAUAUGUUAAAGGUUUAGGUGUUUUGGAGUCAUCAUCAGAUUCUUCAUCAACAACUCCAAUUACAUAGUCUUUAACAAACACUGAUUUUUCACCAUCUUCUUUCUUUUUCUUUUUUGUUUCAUUUUUGACUGAGUUCGGGAAAAAAUUAACAUUAUGAUCAUAUAUACUUGGAUCCUUGACUUUAAGGCAACUAAGCGUUUUGAAAAAGUCCUUAUCUGAAAUUGCAUCUAAAAUCUCUUCUUCAUCACUACUGCUUUCACUAGUUUCUUCUUCACUAUUAGUAUCCUGGUCAGUAUUUUCUUUUUCUUCCAUAAUUUCAAAUUUUUACUCACGUGUUCAGUAAGAAAGAACUUUACAGAUUUCUCUUAAGAGUUCUCCGAAUUUUAGAUACCCACUACCGAUUUAUAAAGAAACUGUGUUAAAUAAAUAAAUACUGUUAAAGCUAGACACAAAAAUUCUUCAAUUUUGGAAACUUGUUUCUGAACCCAUUCAAUAACUACAACACGAGUUUACUGAGACAACAUAACCUUACUAUAACCUGAACCAGUUAUGAAGGAUAGGUUUUAAGUAUUGCCACCUGCGAGUAGCUUUUGAAUGUUUAUGAUUACUGUCUUGUCAUAUUCCAGUUAAUUUGAAAACUUAAAUCCAUCAUUCCUGCAGUAUGUUGACUAAGUUAGUGUUUUGAAAGUUUCCUGUCAAAAACUUGAGAAAAUAUUGUUAAAUGUGAUUAUUUGGAAAGGACGCUUCCAAAAGCGUUAUGGACUGACAAGAUAUAUGGUCAUUUGACUGUUAUUUUUGUGAAUCUUUUAAGAUUUUAAGUGCAUUGGACAAUAAACCUGAGGAUCAAUGUGGAGAAUGCAUCGUGGUGAAAGUGCUAAUGGUUUUAGCACUGGAGAAGAAGAUUCUAGGGGCCCUCCCGAUCAAAUAUGUUGCUUAGUAGAUGAAGGUGGUAGAUGCCAAAGGCCUGCAGGUAAUGCAUCUUACAGCAAACGGAUUCAGAAAAUUGUAACUCAACGCCGCCUCAAGCUUCAUCUUGAUUCAAAUGCCAGGCAUAUUUAUAUAUGUGAUCACCACAAAUGUAUGAUUCAGUCUGCAAGAACUAAGCGACGAAGGAAAGAUUCAGAAGAUGACUCUACUGAGGGAGGUGAUAUUGAGUAUCCUGAUAUUGACCUCGGUCAACUUCAGAUUAAUACUCUUCGUAGAUAUAAGAGGCAUUUUAAAGUACCUACCAGACCCGGUUUGAACAAACCACAGUUAGCUGAAGUGUUGCAAAAACAUUUUAAAACUCUGCCUGUGACAGAAAAAGAUGUGGUUUCCAAUUUUUACUAUACCGUAAGGACAAAUGGCAAUAAACUUGACAUUAAAAAUGGAGGGGAUUCGUUGUGAAUCUGUUUUUUAAAAUCAUUACUAAUUUGGUCUCAAAAGUUCUAUGUGUAUAUUGUAUAGGC